AUGUGGCACAAUUCUGAGACGCAUUCAACGCAAAAUGGUCGCGCGUUGAGCUUUCCGUCAUUGGACGAUGGACGAGGUCAAGGUCUUCUACGAAGAGUGGCCAGCUUACAGUUCAUUGCGAAGAAAUUCGAACCGCUUGACAAGGAAGUACGUGCAUUUGUUAAACUUCGUUACAAGGAUAUCGCUAAGUUCAUAAUCUGGCCAGAGUGCAGAUUUGACAGUGUGCCGAGUAAUGGAAUGAAGAUGCUACUUCAUGAUAAUCCUUCACAAUUACGUCCGACUCGAGAGCCUGAUCCGAGAACGAUUUUAAAUAAAGCUGAAUUGGAGGACCAUCGAUCUCCAUAUCUUCCAUGCACAAUCAACAGCGUAACCAGAUCUGACUCCGAAGAUUCCAGUAGUGCUGAAUCAGUUUUAGAAAUGACACGACUAUAA